AUGAUCAUAACACUGCGGGCUCUCCUCGACCAAGGGUUGGAUUUUGUGAUUGAGAGGACCUUUUUUGAUGCUCAGAAAGCUGCAUUUGAAGAAUUCACAAUGAACAAAAAUAAGAGGGAAAAAGAGUUUUACAGUGUUGAUGUUGGCGAUUCAACAUUCAUAGUACUAAAGAGAUACCAGAAUUUAAGGCCCAUCGGCUCAGGAGCACAAGGGAUUGUCUGCUCUGCCUACGACCAGGUACUCGAGAGAAAUGUUGCCAUCAAGAAGCUGAGUCGACCCUUUCAGAAUCAGACUCAUGCCAAACGUGCAUACAGAGAACUAGUGCUCAUGAAAUACGUCAAUCACAAAAAUAUUAUUGGCCUAUUAAAUGUAUUCACACCACAAAAAUCUUUAGAAGAAUUUCAAGACGUAUAUUUGGUGAUGGAGCUGAUGGAUGCAAACCUCUGUCAAGUCAUUCAGAUGGAGUUGGACCAUGAACGGCUCUCCUAUCUGCUCUAUCAGAUGUUGUGUGGUAUUAAACACCUUCACGCUGCUGGAAUCAUCCACAGGGAUCUGAAGCCCAGUAACAUAGUCGUGAAAUCUGAUUGCACACUGAAGAUUCUGGAUUUCGGCCUGGCUCGGACAGCAGCGACAGGCCUUUUGAUGACUCCGUAUGUGGUGACGCGUUACUACAGAGCACCAGAGGUCAUCCUGGGCAUGGGAUAUCAGGCCAAUGUGGAUGUGUGGUCUGUCGGCUGCAUAGUGGCCGAGAUGAUCAGGGGAAGUGUGUUGUUCCCUGGUACCGACCAUAUUGACCAGUGGAACAAGGUAAUCGAGCAGCUCGGCACCCCGACCCAGGAGUUCAUGAUGAAGCUGAAUCAAUCCGUGAGGACGUAUGUGGAAAACAGACCUCGCUACGCUGGGUACACCUUCGAAAAGCUCUUCCCAGAUGUACUCUUCCCAGCUGAUUCUGAUCACAACAAGCUAAAAGCGAGCCAAGCAAGAGAUCUUCUGUCCAAGAUGUUGGUGAUUGAUGCCUCCAAACGCAUUUCUGUGGAUGAGGCCCUAAAGCAUCCCUAUAUCAAUGUUUGGUAUGAUCCAGCUGAAGUUGAAGCGCCACCUCCAAAAAUCCCAGACAAACAGCUGGAUGAGAGAGAGCACACAGUGGAAGAGUGGAAAGAGUUGAUUUAUAAAGAAGUAUAUGACUGGGAAGAAUGGCAUAGAAAUGGAGUUAUAAGAGGUCAGCCGUCUCCUUUAGGUGCAGCAGUAGUGGACAGCCCCCCUCAGCCCGCCUCCUCCUCCUCCUCAGUCAACGAUGUGUCCUCCAUGUCCACGGAGCCGUCAGACCCCAGCAGUGAUCCCACCAUGACGUCCGAGACAGAGAGCAGUUUGGACAGUCACACUUCACUGGGAGCUCUGGCCUGCUGCAGAUAA